GCAGGAUUAGGGAAAGAGCCGAUAUGGUAAGGACUCAAGGGGAAUUAACAGGUUCAGGUAACGUUUCCGAGACUGUACGGAGCUUGAGAUAAAUAGUAAGGGAGAUUAGGGUUUUAAACAACAUGGAUGAAGAUGAAGUGUUUGCCUUUUCGAAGAAGAUAGCUGUGCCUUAUGAUCUGGUUGCUCAGACCAAGCAAAUGGGUCGUCUUCCCGUAGUUCAAUUUGCCGCCGGAGGGAUUGUGACACCGGCCGAUGCGGCACUGAUGAUGCAAUUGGGAUGCGACGGUGUUUUUGUGGGUUCGGAGAUUUUCAAUUCUUCUGAUCCGUAUAAGCGUGUGAGAGGCAUAACUCAGGCUGUUAGGCAUUACAAUGAUCCCCAUGUGCUUGUGGAAACGAGCACUGGUUUGGCUGAUGCCAUGGCUGGUCUCAACCUCAAUGAGGAUAGGAUUGAACAGUUUUAAGUUUUAACCAUGGUUGUCUCUUUGAGAAGAGUGAAAAGUCUGAAACGAUUGAGAUGAAUGUUUUUUCUUUUAUAUAUUUUUUUAUAAGAAAAAAGGUAACGGCGUUAAAAGAACCCGUUUAAAAAAAAUAAAAAUUAUUCUUUUGGCGUUAAAAAAAAAAAUCGUUAAACCAAGAAUUCCCGUUAAACCAAGAAUUGCCGUUAGAUUGGUACUUUUAAUAUAUAAAGAUAUUACUCUAUAUUAUUUUAUAACAUAAAAUUAUUUUUUUUUUUCAAAU